UGAAGUGAUAAGAAAUUCUUUAUAAUUAUUGCAUUUAUUACGUAUGAUUUCAUGGUCAUACAUGCAUACAUCUAUACGCUAACAAAGAAUAAUGUUAGUUUAUUGUAAAAUAAACACCCGCAGCUCUUUAAACAGAAACAACAAUAGCUGGAUAACGUUUAAAAUACUUUAAAAAAAAAGUGUGUAACGGAACGGAAGUUGCAAAAGGAUAUGCGUCGUGCGUGCACAAAACAAUGCAUUCAAUUUAUCAGGGGUUACAAAGGGCAAAAAUCUAUAGUUUAAAUACGGCAGUGGAUGCAUUUUUAUGUUAACACAGACUAUUGGAAAAACAAAAAAAAAUUAUAAUAACUCGUUAUAUUUUUAUUUUCAAACAUUACGCAUAUCCGCGCGAGUUAUGGUUUAUAAACAUUACGUAUACGUGCUUGCAAUGCAUAAUGAAAUAAUAAAAAGUAUAAAGUGAAAAAAACAAAAAAAAAAAAACGAAAAAUAUGAAAAAGCGUUAUCAAUGUGCUAGUUAUAAGUACGUAAAGCGUUCUUUUAUUUUUUUUAUUUUCUUCAUUGCUAUUAAACGAUUAUAAGCAGUUGAGUGAGAUUGCUUUUGCCUGUAAUUUUUGGAUUUGAUUCAAUAUUGUGCGAUUUCAUUAUUUAUGACUUUUCUUCUGUUCUGCUGCGUCGUCUGCUAGCACACAUCAUUGUACAUGACUACAGAUAUAAUUUUCAUUGUAAAUGUAAUCUACCGCAUUGCCAUUCAUAGAUGUAUGUACUUAUAUUUAUGUGAAUAAUCCUUCGCAUAAAUUUCUCAAUGUUUAUGUACUAUAUAUGUUUGUAUAUAUAUGUAUAUAUCAUAUAUGAUAUAAGAAAUGUGAAUGUAAGUUACGUACAGUGAACAUAACAAAUUCAACUUUAAUUUCAACUAAACGCGAACUGAGGACAGACACCCGAAGCAGAGGAAACCAAAAGAAAAACUACAAUAUUAAAAAAAGUCGAAAAUGCUUUUUAUAGAAAACUUAGAAAGAUGUCAUCAUCGCAAAUAUGAGGAAAAGUGCAUCGCUUUUUUUUGAUGUCAUAAAGGAAAAUAAAGCGACGAGUUCAGUGGAAAUAUUUAUAAAAAAAAAAAAAAGAAAAAAAUCCUUAUAAUUGAAGCUUAACUUUAUAAGAGAAUACGAUUAUGAUAAAAGAAAUUUACGAAAGUUUCUAUCGUCAGUUGUUCUUGUUCCUGUUAAUGAAGAAAAAGUGAAAUAAAACUAAGAUUUCGCAUAAAUGAAAUGAAGUGAUAUUUGUGCUUACGUAUUUCAUCUGAAGACAUGUCAGAAAAUGUUAUAAAGUGAGGAGAAUGUACGGUAAUUUCAAAUCAGAAUCACGUUGCCCUCGGUAACUGUAACUAACGUACGUUGUAUUGGUCACGUUGUUGCCAAAAACAAAUUACAAAUAGAAACCGUGUAUAUGUUCAACAAUGUGCAAGUAUGCGCAUAUUGAUAGUUUAACGCUUAGAUUGAUGUAAAUUAAUAAGCGCGUACACAUGAACGUGCCUAAAGCGUUAAAUCAAUCACUGAAAAGAAAAUAUGUUAACAUACAUGUAUAUACAUAUAUAUAGCAACUAGAAGAACAACACAAGCAGAGAAUAUAAACUAAAAGUACAACGAGUUCAACGGAAAAUAUUUAACAUACAGCAAAAAAAAAAAAAAAAGAAGAAAGUUAAGCAAACUCUUCACAGCAUUCGGGCAUUCCUUCCCUCUGCGCAUCGUCAUACACUCCUUGCAUUAGAUUUCUUUUUUUUUUUUGCAUAAUUUAAAUUUUAAAUUUCACAGUCAGUGUAGUAUAGUUUUUACUUUUAUCUCAACGUCGCAUUUUUAGUUUUUAGCCAAAUGUACGGUCCACGCGUUCGCGCCUCAAUCGAAACGUGACACAUGGCUAUGUAUUAUUAUGCUAGUAAAAUAUCAGCCAUCGCUUGCGGUACACGUUGCAAACAAACUGUCCUACAAAAGUCUCGCGGUCAACGUGAUCGUGAUAAAUGCACGGCCAAUUCUGGUGGGAAAACGCGUUCACAUAUCUACACAGACACCGAUGAUGAUGACGAUACGGACGAUAGAGAAGGUAUACGUAACAAUGGUGGCAGAAGUGCUGGCUUACAUAUGCAAGAUUAUAAUAACGAUGACAAUGAUUUCGCUAUGGCCGCCAACGGUCGAAUUUAUGUUACGGAUACAAAUGAGGCAGGAACAACGGAAACAUCGGUAUCAACUUUAUUCUCAACUAAUGACACUGGAAUUGAAAUUCCCAGCUCCUCCGAUGGUAUACGUUACAGACGUAGACAUAGCGAGCAGUUGGAUAUUUGUGAUACGGGGUUGCAAAAACUUGAGGUUUCUAACAAUACAACAACUGCAUCAAUAGCCAAGAACAGUAGCGACAACACAUCCAGUUAUAUGGACAAAAGUGUUGAAGUUCAAUAUGAUGUACCCAAGAAUACACACAAGCGUAGCCAAUGUGAUGUCAAUUUUGAGAGUUCGGUUUUGGGUUCUGGUGGUAUUAUGUACAUAAACGGUAGAAUAGUUUCUGGUCCAUUAGAAUCACUUAUAGACGUAUUAGUGCCAAAAAAUAUAAACGACUUAGAUAAGGAAUUCAUUUUUUCGUUUCUACUAUCGUCACGUUUGUAUUUGCGUCCACAUGUAUUGUUGGGCAAACUUUUAUCAUCGGUACCUGAUAGCGAAUCACUAGAGUCAUUAGUCGCUUUUUUAGCCGAAUGGACAAAUAAAUUUCCAUAUGAUUACCGCGAUGAGCGUAUGAUGAGCCAUGUUAAACAUAUCGUUGCCAGAUGUUCCCAUACACGCUUAGAAGCUACAGUUUCCGAAAUAUUGAGUGCCUUGCUAAAACGUUUGACUGAUUUGGAAAGACAUGAGGAAGAAUUGCGCUCCUGUCAAAUUACAGCUGACAAGUCUGAGACAAAGUUAUUUGAAUGCCGCACUUCAACACAAUAUGCACAAAUAUUAUGCCGCAUAGAAAAGAAGUUAGCCAAACAUAUAGGACCGGAAGAAUUUCUACAAUGCAGCAGUAAUAUACUAUUAGAUAAGCAGAAAAAAUGGGACCAACCAUGUUCGUUGGGUGGACCACCUGGAGCACAAGACCCCAAGAAGACUUGUAAUCUCGAGACAUACUUGGAUUGGUCGGCACGUUUACGGUUGUUUGUUUGCAACGAAAUAUUACAGUGCGGCGGUAUACGUGAUCGCAGUAAAACUGUCGAGCUUUGGAGUGGUGUAGCCCAGUAUUGUUUGUUGGUGGGAAAUUAUAACAGCGCUACCGCAAUACUAGAAACAUUAGAGUCACCACCUAUAGCACGUUUAAAAAUAACGUGGAGUAAAUUGCAAGUGACUUGUCAGCAAUUAGAUUGUAUGCAACGUCAUGCCGAGGGGCAUGGGAAUCUAUGGCAUAAACAGGCAAUCGUUUUAAAUGAAAAUCAUCAUUAUCAGCAGCAUCGUCAACGGCAGCAUGAACAGCUGCAACUACAACUACAACAACCAGGAAAAAAGCAAAAGACUGAAAUACCGAUGCUAACUGGUAAUGCCUCGGUCGUAUUACCAAAGUCACCGACAACAGCGAAUGCAACAGCUUUAACAAGUACCUCAGCCACCACAACAACGGAAGUUAAAACGGAAUCUCCAACAGUGUUGAAUGCGGCUUCUCGAAUAAAUUCGACAAGUUCACGCGUUUCAGCAGCCGUUUCACUACCCUUAUCCAGAAUAGGAACGUUAGAAACUACCACUUCAUCGUCAACGUCAACAUCACCGACAAUAGCAACAGCAACAUUACACAAACUUUCAACGGCCAGAACAGAUGACACAAUAUUGAAAGCCAGUGAUAGCAAAAGUAGCAUAACAUCGUCAUGUGGCGGAGGCGCCGGUGGUGUUUGUGGUGGUAGUAGUAGUAGUGGCAGUAGUAGAAAACAUGGUAAAGAAAUUUUAUCAAAUUUAACAACUCCAACAAUAACAGCAACGGCAACAUCACUGGCACUCAAAACAUCAACAAACACAACAACAACAACUUUAGGAACAUCAUCAACAGUAUCGUCAUUGCCAAACUCAUCGCAUAGUCAUACAUCACAUACUAAAACAGCAAUAACCUUAACAGCAACAAAGUCAUCACAGAAAAUUUCAACGGCAGACCCUAUCAAUAUAACGGCAGCAACAGCAGCAGCAGCAACAACAACAACAACAACAACAACAAUGAAACCAAAUGAUUGGGUUGUAAUUCCUGUGUUUGCGGAUAUUGUUAAAUUGGCACUGACAGGACGUGAAAAUUGCUUACAACGAUUACCGAACGGUGAUAUAAAUGUGAGUGCAUUCGAUCGUAUGGCGGCUAUUGUUGGAGCGUUUACUAAGCAUAUGCAUGCAGUAAAAACAACGGAAGCACCGACAAACAGUGAAUACGAAACAUUUUGUCGACACAUGCAGAAAAUAACAAAGAUGGCAGAAAAUGAUUUAAUGAUGGCUUCCUUUGACUGCGAAGAACCAAACAAUGCUGAAAAAUUGAUGUAUGAUUUAAAUUAAUAAAUAAAUGACACAUUUGUACGCACAUGUUAAUUUAUGUUACAUUUAAUGAAUUUAAUUUAAUGAAUGCAUAUAUUCAUUA